UCUGUGCGUGACGCCACCAGAGCGCGACUCUCGUCUGUACCUGGAGAGCCAGGAAGAUGGUGGUGAUGGCGCGCGUUCCGCGUCCCGAGCGGCCGGAUCUUGUUUUUGAGGAAGAGGACCUUCCCUAUGAGGAAGAAAUCAUGCGGAACCAGUUCUCCGUCAAAUGCUGGCUCCGCUACAUCGAGUUCAAACAGGGGGCCCCGAAACCCCGGCUCAAUCAGUUGUACGAGCGGGCGCUCAAGCUGCUUCCCUGCAGCUACAAACUCUGGUACCGCUAUCUGAAGGCACGCCGGGCACAGGUGAAGCAUCGCUGUGUGACUGAUCCUGCCUAUGAAGACGUCAAUAACUGCCAUGAGAGGGCCUUUGUGUUCAUGCACAAGGUGGGGAGCCGGAGAGGAGGGGGAUGCAGUGUGUUCAUGCACAAGAUGCCACGUUUGUGGCUAGACUACUGCCAGUUCCUCAUGGACCAGGGACGAGUCACACACACCCGCCGCACCUUUGACCGUGCUCUCCGGGCACUACCCAUCACACAGCACUCUCGCAUCUGGCCCCUGUAUCUUCGCUUCCUGCGCUCCCACCCACUGCCUGAGACUGCUGUGAGAGGCUACCGUCGCUUCCUCAAGCUCAGUCCUGAGAGUGCCGAGGAGUACAUCGAGUACCUCAAAUCCAGUGACCGGCUGGACGAGGCUGCACAGCGCCUGGCCACCGUGGUCAAUGAUGAACGCUUUGUGUCCAAGGCGGGCAAGUCCAACUACCAGCUGUGGCACGAGCUGUGCGACCUUAUCUCCCAGAACCCGGACAAGGUACAGUCCCUCAACGUAGAUGCCAUAAUCCGUGGUGGGCUCACCCGCUUCACCGACCAGCUGGGCAAGCUGUGGUGCUCCCUGGCUGACUACUACAUCCGCAGUGGCCACUUCGAGAAGGCUCGGGACGUGUAUGAGGAGGCUGUCCGCACCGUGAUGACUGUGCGAGACUUCACCCAGGUGUUCGACAGCUAUGCCCAGUUUGAGGAGAGCAUGAUCGCGGCAAAGAUGGAGACUGCCUCUGAACUGGGGCGCGAGGAGGAGGAUGAUGUGGACCUGGAGUUGCGCCUGGCCCGCUUCGAGCAGCUCAUUAGCCGGCGGCCCCUACUCCUGAACAGCGUCCUGCUGCGCCAGAAUCCGCACCAUGUCCACGAGUGGCACAAGCGUGUGGCCCUGCAUCAGGGCCGCUCCCGGGAGGUUAUCAACACGUACACAGAGGCUGUGCAGACAGUGGACCCCUUCAAGGCCACAGGCAAGCCCCACACACUGUGGGUUGCAUUUGCCAAGUUUUAUGAAGAUAACAGACAGCUGGAUGAUGCCCGUGUCAUCCUAGAGAAGGCCACCAAGGUGAACUUUAAGCAAGUGGAUGACCUGGCAAGCGUGUGGUGCCAGUAUGGGGAGUUGGAGCUCCGGCAUGGGAAUUAUGAUGAGGCCUUGAAGCUGCUGCGGAAAGCCACAGCGCUGCCUGCGCGCCGGGCUGAGUACUUUGAUGGUUCGGAGCCCGUGCAGAACCGUGUAUACAAGUCACUGAAGGUGUGGUCCAUGCUUGCCGACUUGGAGGAAAGUCUGGGCACCUUCCAGUCAACCAAGGCCGUGUACGACCGGAUCCUGGACCUGCGCAUAGCCACACCGCAGAUCGUCAUCAACUACGCCAUGUUCCUGGAGGAGCACAAGUACUUCGAGGAGAGCUUCAAGGCAUAUGAGCGUGGCAUCUCACUGUUCAAGUGGCCCAACGUGUCAGACAUCUGGAGCACCUACCUGACCAAAUUCAUUGCCCGCUAUGGGGGCCGCAAGCUGGAGCGCGCACGGGACCUCUUCGAGCAGGCACUAGACGGCUGCCCACCCAAAUAUGCCAAGACCCUGUACCUGCUUUACGCACAGCUGGAGGAGGAGUGGGGCCUUGCCCGUCACGCUAUGGCUGUGUACGACCGCGCUACCCGGGCAGUGGAGCCAGCCCAGCAGUAUGAUAUGUUCAACAUCUACAUCAAGCGGGCUGCUGAGAUCUAUGGCGUCACCCACACUCGUGGCAUCUACCAGAAGGCCAUUGAGGUACCCGCCACUAGUGACCAGAAGGCCAUUGAGGUGCUGUCCGAUGAGCACGCCCGUGAGAUGUGCCUGCGGUUUGCAGACAUGGAGUGCAAGCUUGGUGAAAUUGACCGAGCCCGUGCUAUCUACAGCUACUGCUCCCAGAUCUGUGAUCCCAGGACCACUGGGGCAUUCUGGCAAACAUGGAAGGACUUUGAGGUUCGGCACGGCAAUGAGGACACCAUCAGGGAGAUGCUGAGGAUACGUCGGAGUGUGCAGGCCACAUACAAUACUCAGGUCAACUUCAUGGCUUCGCAGAUGCUCAAGGUGUCAGGCAGUGCCACAGGCACCGUGUCUGACCUGGCUCCUGGGCAGAGCGGCAUGGAUGACAUGAAGUUGCUGGAGCAGCGGGCAGAGCAGCUCGCAGCUGAGGCUGAGCGGGACCAGCCUCCAAGGGCCCAGAGCAAGAUCUUCUUUGUGAGGAGCGAUGCAUCCAGGGAGGAGCUGGCAGAGCUAGCUCAGCAGGCCAACCCCGAGGAGAUCCAGCUGGGCGAGGACGAGGAUGAGGAUGAGAUGGACCUGGAGCCCAAUGAAGUCCGACUGGAGCAGCAGAGCGUGCCAGCUGCUGUGUUCGGGAGCCUAAAGGAAGACUGACGUCCUCCACGCUUUUCCUCCAUUGUCCCUCCCCCUAACCACUUGUAAUACAGCCCCUCUUUGUACA